AUGUAUUGUGGUCCGACGAAAGGACCCGCCCGCUCCUGGGCCGAGCUUUGCCUCCGUGCUCUUCCCGGAGCAUCCAGCGCGCUGCCCGGUUCCGGAUCCUUCGCUGCCUCCUCCAAUCCCGGAGCCAACGGUGCCUGGCUGUCCAGUCCCAGACCAUCAUCCCCGGAGCCAGAGCAGCCUGGAGCAGAGGCGGCAAGACCGCAGAGCGUCCAUGCCCACCCGCCGCAAGCUGGUCGAGGAGGCAGUCCGCAGGCGCUCCGUGGGCCCUCCAAGCUGUGA